AUGAAAAUACUGAGAAGCAGCGCAAAGAGCAUCUUUUGGUCAUUUCAGGCCGUGUUUUUUUCUGUUGUUCUGUACACCGUGUGGGAGCUCUGCAAAAAGGAUAGCUCGCAAAACAGAAUGUAUCAGUGCGGCAGCAAUGUUCAAAGAUCACACAAUGUGCAUUUUAUUCUCAGGGCUGCGCAGAGCGACGACCACAGCGAGGAGUUCUUGAGCGAAACAAGCGACAGCUACAGUGAAAGCUACGACCAUACAAGCGGCAGCGCGUAUUUUGAACACAUUGAUCUUCACAAUGCAAUAACUCACUAA